GGCAUACUCAGUUCAACACUCGAUCAGUUCACAAGUGCAUUCACUUAACAAGAACGCUUGUCUCAUAACGAAAGUUGCUAGUUCAACUAAACAAAAAAAAAUCAGUAAAUUAACAGUGCCGUGCUCAGUGUGCCACGAGAUCAAAGCAAUCAGUGAAGAUGCAUUCCUACGGAUACAACGUUGCUCACAGCAACAAUAGCAUCAACGAAAACAAGUACAACAACGAGAAGCUGAUGAAGUCUUCGCCAGUGUACAAGCUGAAGAAGAUUCUGAAACCGAUCGCCGCUCUUCUCAAGAACAAAAAAGCAGCCAAGCAGCAGCUCAAGGACUUCCAGAGCUUCCAGCACUACUACGCUCCGGAACAGGAUUUCACUGCGGAUUGCGAGUACGACAACAGUGCUAACGAGCGCCUGGAAUCGCAACUGCUGGCCGAAAUCGCCGAGUGCCAUGCCAACGCAGCUAUCUUCGUCUACGAGGACAACGAAGUUCAGAUCCAACCGGUACAGCCCCAGGAACAGUACGUCCCAGUACACUUUGCUCGCACCGAAGCCGGUACCUUCUUCUGGACGACGAUGGUCCGGGAAGCCGACAGCGAUCUGAUUCAACCGUGCCACUGCUUCUCCGAUCACCAGCUCCCUCAGCAGGAGUUUUGCGAUAGAUGGGCGCAAGCUUAAGUGUUUCGAUCGAAUUGCCACAACUGUUGAAUCACUCCGGAUAACAACAGCCAACCAGACUGAUACCUACAACAAAAUCAUGAUCUCUUCCAACGAUUUUUAGUGCUUAAGCGGGACGAGCUUUAAUAGUUGUUUAAGUUGCCAGCUUUAAUUUUAAUUGUGAUAUUAGAAAUUUAAGGCUAAUUGUGAUCCAAU